GAUAAGACUGGACGGAAAAAGAACUUGUAAGGAGAUCCCACGGAGCAAGAGGAAGCGAACACGGGGAGUAAUUCCCGCAGCAAUCCGUCGACGUCAUUUCUCGCUGUCUCUCAUUCUCCACUGAACUCUAUCAUCUUGCUCGGAUGUUUUCCCACCGUUUCCUGGCGCGAGACGGUUCAUGUGAUGGUCUGUUAUCUGUUUGAGAUUCCUUGGAUCACGCUGUUCAUCUUGUGGUAAGCAGACUUGCUUCUCACGAGUCCUUGAUUAGCACACGCGAUUCAUGAGAAACAGGCUGUGGCUGUCCGUGCGGCAUCUGCAUCCGCAUCCAACCUGCUUCUCCAAUCCCAUCGCACCAUCAGUCACAAUCAGGUCAAUGUCGAGCUUCACCAUUCCUCUUCAUGAGGGCAAUGGAUCAGGGUCUGUGCCUGUCCACUCUCUUAAUGAUUUGAGCAAGGACGAUCUCCAACGUUUUCCAGCCUUUCAGAUCUGGCUUUCCACCCUUCAGCGAUCGUUACAGCGACAACACAAUCCGUCCCACGAGUUCAACCACAACCCCUAUGUUUUACGGAAGAUCAAUGUUCAAUCUGUUGAUUACUUCAAGGGCGGCAGAUUGGGGUUCGUUAAGCUCAAAGCAGAAGUGUCCAAUGGAAAUGGGGAAACUCUCCCGGGAACGGUCUUUCUGAGAGGUGGUAGUGUGGGAAUGUUGAUGAUUCUCCAGCCCGACGAUGUGCCUUCGUCGAACGAGGAAGAGAAGAGGGCGAUUCUGACCAUUCAACCCCGAAUCCCAGCUGGCUCCCUAGCUUUCCCCGAGAUCCCAGCCGGUAUGAUUGAUGACAGUGGAACAUUCGCCGGAGCAGCCGCAAAAGAGAUAGAAGAGGAAACAGGAUUGACAAUACCCCAAGGCGAACUUGUCGAUAUGACCUCUCUGGCGCUGCAAUCGAUUGCGGAGCCAAAGGACGGAGAGUCUCUGCAAAGGGCAUUUAUCCCCUUGUUUUUGUGCCAAAAGAGAAUGCCGCGCAAAGAGAUCGAGAGUCUACAGGGACGGCUGACGGGUUUACGCCAGCAUGGAGAGAAGAUCACAUUGAAGAUUGUGCCGUUGAGAGACCUUUGGAAAGAGGCAUUGCGAGACGGCAAGACACUUGCCGCAUGGGCACUAUAUAACGGCCUGAAGCAGGAUGGAAAGAUUUAA